CAGGUGUCAGCAGACGUGUUCGUUUACACCUGGUAUCGUCACUAUCUGAUAGUGAUACGCUACCGGGACGACGAGGCAAAUACAAAGACGUUACGUCACGUUGCACCAGGAUAAUGCUCGCCCGCCCGUAACGGACGUUUUUAGGCAAAUAACACUGCUGUACUGUCACGACCAGCUGUUUUCCCAGACCUCUUCACCAUAGAACAUGUCUGGGAUAAGAUGAAACGACGCCUACGACAGGACCAGAACCAGCCGUGAGUGGGCAUACAUAAACGAUGAACUUCUUAUUGUUUAUAUUACUACUGCCUCAAGUCAUCUUUACCUGGUCUCAUGGCUGGCCCAAGUACAACCAGGAAGACGAUUGUCUCGAUGUCGCCAUUAUCGGAGCAGGCAUCGGCGGCACAUACACAGGCUACCGUCUACGAAACAGGGGACUGAAACUAGCCAUAUUUGAGUACUCGGACAGAAUUGGAGGCCGUAUGUUCACAGCCGCACUGCCCACUGUGCCUGGCACGACUGUGGACUUCGGGGCGAUGAGGUUGAAUCCCAAGGAGCACACAUUUCUUGCGCAUACUGCGACCCAGCUUGGACUCAAAAUUGUAGACUUUCCUUUAAACUAUGGCAACCGUAACGAGACGAUAUACUACCUCCGUGGUCGUCAUCUCCUGCCAGAUGAACUUGGUGGCCCGCGGACUCCAUACAAUUUGAGGCCGAACGAGAGACUCAGCCCGAGUGAUCUUUUGUGGAGGUUAUAUACAGAGAACACCAACAUGAGCCGUUAUGCGUACCCUUCAGAGUCGGAGAUAUACACAAUAUACACAACAGAUGGGUACCCACUAUAUACCAUGAGCAUGGACAACUUCCUCAGUCGCUAUGCUAGCAGAGAGGCCUACAGCUAUUUACGAGAUGCUUUGGUCUGGCACCACGCUUCUGGAAGAUUUGGCGCUCAAAUUGGAUUCGACUUUCUGACCUUUCUUAGUGAUAAUACUUCUCCCCCCGACCUAAAAACUGUGGACAAUGGUAUGGACCAAGUGCCCAAACGACUGUUGAGCGCCUUCGUACUGGCCAGUCCCAGACAUUCCAUCCACCUGAAUCACCAUCUGACCUCCAUGAAAGGUCGUCCUGGCAACUACAGGUUGACGUUCCAGCCCACCAGUACAGUGGCUGGUUACACUAAACCCACACUGUUGCCAAACAGGCAUGUGUGUGCUAGAAAGGUGGUCCUAGCUAUACAGAAGGACUGUGUGGAAAAAGUGGACUUUGCACCUUAUCAGAGCAGAGAAUUCCGUAGGCGACUGAACACUGUUUAUGGCGUGCAGUCACAAAAAAUCUUCCUUGCCUACCCCUACCCCUGGAAGUACUUCAAUAACAUCAAUGAGAACAUCACCCAUGCAAAAACGAAUCUGCCAAGCAAGUUUACUUACGACUGGCGGGAAGGUUCCAAUGGGUACUGGAUCCACCUCCCUUCUUAUAGCGAUGGAGAGAGUAGUGUUGCCCUCUGGCGGGAACUUCAGAACCAAGGGAGCACCAUAUAUGGAAGUAUGCCAGGAGCACAGAGGGUAUCAACUGAGGUACGGGAUAGGAUACAUUCCUAUAUGAGCAGAAUCUAUAGACUACCAAAAUCCUACAUUCCUUCCACAGUAGGAGGGGCGAUGCAACUUUGGGACACAUUCCCAUUCAGAGCUGCAUGGCACAUCUAUAAACCAGGUUUCAGGAUGGAACAGACUCGGGAUUACAUGCUGAAGCCAUUUGCCAAUCAUGAAGUCAUUCAUGUGGCUGGUUCCUGGUGGCCAAACAAACUACAGGGAUGGUCCGAGGCUGCAUUGCGUGCAGUUGACUUGGCGGUAAAACGAUAUCUAUGAAUCCGCAUAAGUCAGUAAUUUCUGCCUUCACAAUGUUAGUGAUAUAUUUUGAAGUGAAACCAUUUAUACUUUGAAAUAAACCAGUCAUUAAUCACUG